GCUGGGAUUGCACUGAGGGGAUCUCCUUGCCCUUCCCUCUGGCACAGAGGCAAAUCCCAUCCUCUCCUUGUCCUUCCUCUCCCAGACGGAGCUGAGGAUGGAGAGCAGGGAGGACAAAUCCCCACGGCAGAACCUCAUGGAAGAGGCCGAUUUGAGUGGCUCCAUGGCACAGGAAUCCAACAGGGAGGAAAAGCCCUGGAGAUCCCACAGGAGGAGGGGCUGCAAACCCAGCCCAGGGUGCUCUGAGGAGGAAAGACCCACCCUGUGCCAGGAAGGUGGGCAGAGCUUCAGCCAGAGCUCAGAGCUGGUGGUCCCUGAGAAGCUUCAUGAUGGGGAGAAGCCCCACAAGUGCUUGGACUGUGGGAAGAUCUUCAGGCAGAGCUCCGACCUGAUCUGCCACCAGAUGAUCCACACCGGGGAAUGGGCCUAUGAGUGUGGGGAGUGUGGGAAGGGCUUCAGCUGCAGCUCAGAACUCAUCAGGCACCAACGCAUCCACACUGGGGAGAGGCCCUGCGAGUGUCCCGAGUGUCAGAAGAGGUUUCGGACCAGCUCCAAUCUCCUCCUGCAUGAGUGGAUUCACACGGAUGAGAAGCUCUUCUGCUGCCCCGACUGCAGGAAGGGCUUCAAGCACAGCUCCCACCUCGUCAUCCACCAGCGCAUCCACACCGGGGAGAGGCCCUACGAAUGUCCCCAGUGUGGGAAGAGCUUCUCCAGGAGCUCUCAGUUGACCAAACGCCAACGGAGGCACCAGCAAGGGAAACCCUGUGAGUGCCCCAGCUGCAGGAAGAGCUUCGUGUCAUACUCCAACUCCAUCCCCCUUGGGAGGACCCAUGUUGGUCACAGCCCUGGUGACCCACAUUCCCAGUGAUCCUUGCUGAGAAGACACCUGUAAGGUGGUCUCCACGUCCUCCUGGAUCCCCAUAGGCCCCUGGAUGAACGCAGGGGCAGGAACAUCCAUCAAGACUCUGAUCUAAACAGGAAAUUCAUUGUGAGGAAGUGAUUUGUUGACUUUACACCCCCAAAAAUCUCACCUGCUCUGUCCAGUUAUUUCUUCUGAUGGCAUCAAGCAGUGCUGCAUGAUCUUGGAGGUCUUUUCCAUCUAAAUAACUUCUUUCUUCACCCUGUCUAAACAACCAAAACUGGGAUGAAAAUAAAGAAAUUAAA